CAUAUUUUAUUGGUAGAACACACUCAGGAAAACGUCUAUAGUGGGGGCUGUGUCUACUGUACGUGCAUUUAUAGCUUAGGGUUCAUGGUGUUACUUGCCAUCAAAUAGAAGUGAUACCUUGUACUUCUAGUGAGUUGCUGGGAAUUGUAUUUACUUUGUACUAAUCAGCCAACAACCUAGGCAAGUUGGAUCAAUACAUAUCUGCUCAAGAGUCAUUAAAAAUGCCAGUGGAAGUGUCGUACACCACGUGGGGCUUGAUGUGCAUUGCUGUCGUCCUUCCCGUCUGCUGGCUCAUCACGCAGAACAAGAGGAAGAGAUCCUGGGAGUUCUACGGGGUCAAGGACGUGAGGUUUCCAGCAAAGGGAUUUGUCGAUUUCAGCGCUGGUUGUGCCGAGGUAAUCGCCCAGCAUGGCGACACGGUGGGCGUGUCAGGCUUUAAAAUGAUGUUGAUCAGCCGAGACGUCGAACUUCUCAGACAGAUUCUGGUCAAAGACUUCAACAACUUCACUGACAGAGCGGUAAGCGCGGCAACUGUUUCACCUGUGAAGCACGGCCUUUUUUUUCUUGAGGGGAAAAACUGGCGAAGAAUGAGGCACAUCCUGUCGCCGUCUUUUACCACAGGUAAAUUAAAACACAUGUGUCCAACCAUUGACCAAGCCGCGAGGAGACUUACAUCAGUUUUAGAAAGUCUGGCCAAGAAGGGUGAACUGCUUCCGGUCAAGAAAAUUACUGGUCAAUAUACGAGUGAGAUCAUCGCCCGGACAGGUUUUGGACUGGAGACCCACUGCCUGGGAGAGGAGGACGAUGAGUUUACACGGCUAACAAAAGGAUUUCUCAAGAUCCACAAUCCAUUCAUGAACGCCGUCAUUAUGGCACUUAUCUUUGUGCCUACGUUUCAUAGUUUCCUGGCCAAGACACUUCGACUCGGAGUUUUUGACCACAUGGAUCUGAAUGCUGACAAGUAUUUCAAACAUAUUCUCACUACAACAGUCACAGAGAGACAAGACAUGAUGAGAAGAGGGGACACAACUCCUAAAGACUUACUACAGAGUUUAAUACAAGCUAAAGAAUUAGGGGAUCACGAUGCUGAAGCUAUGAAGGAUGUGGCUACAAGUGAGUCCUGGGAUGACCUCCCUAAGAACAUGUCCGAGGAAGAAUUGAUGGGUCAGUCUAUGUUGAUCCUUUUUGCAGGGUUUGAGACAACAUCCACCACGUUACAGUUUUGUCUCUAUCUUCUGGCCCAGCACCAGGACGUUCAGGAGAAAGUGUACCAAGAAAUUCUGACCCAACUCCAAUCCGAUACACCGACUCACGAAGAACUCAACAAACUCACCUAUAUGGAACAGGUCGUGGACGAGACAUUGAGACUGUAUCCACCUAUACCGAUCAUCACCAGAAAGGCUCUAGAGACUAAAACCUACGGCGGAGUCACUAUACCUAAAGGCACUUGGAUAAUGGCGGUACUUGAACAGGUUAUGAAGGACCCCAAACACUUUCCUGAACCCGACAAGUUUGACCCAGAGAGAUUUUCUGAAGAGAAUGUCAGCAAGAGAGAUUCCUUAAGCUUCCUGCCCUUCGGCAGUGGCCCCAGGCUCUGCAUAGGGAUGAGGUUGGCGUACUUGGAGCUGAAGAUGGCGCUGGUCCAUGUGCUUAGAAAGAUCAAAGUUGAGCUUAAUGAUAAAACUGAACCUAAACCGGACCAGAAACCGAAAAUAACAUUCCACGUCAUCCUAGUCGCAGACAAACCCAUAGAGUUGGCCUUGACCCUUAGAGACCAAUGACAUAGAGUUGGCCUUGACCCUUAGAGACCAAUGACAUAGAGUUGGCAUUGACCUUUGAGACCAAUGACAUAGAAUUUGCAUUGACCCUUAGAGACCAAUGAUUGAAAUAUUGUUACUGACCUCCUUUUAUAUAAUUUAGUUUUUAUACAUGAAAACAGAAUUGAAAUAUUUAAGAUAAUAAAUAAAUAUGUAAAUAAAUAUUCCAUUUGAAAAAUUCUUAACGCA